AACCUGUAGAAGCUCAGUCUUUAGAAGAGCAGGCUCAGCAUCCUUCAGAAGAGCAGCCUGUAGAAGAUCAGCCAGGAGUUAAUGAUGGGACUGACGAGCACGAUCAUGUAGCUAAACCUACACGUAAGAGAAAGCGAGGACCAACAAGAUUGAGAGACAUCGCCAGGAAUCCAAAUAGCAGAUUAAAGGUUAACUUCACUUUCAUGGGAGAACAUUAUGGUCAUGGGUCUGUUAAGUUGUCAACGUAUCUUGGUAUAAUUGUGCGAGAACACGUUCCUGUAUCCAUUGAAAGUUGGCCAAAAGUCCCUCAGGAUAUGAAGACAAUGCUCUGGAUGUCUGUCAAGUCAAGGUUUGAAGUAGAAGAAGAUUACCAAAAGAAAGCAUUGAUUGAACAGAUGGGAAAUUUGUGGAGGUCACACAAGUCACGAGUGGUUAGGGAAGUUAAUGAAGCUACGACUUUGAAAGAUAGGAUGGAUCUGCGACCUAAGAAUGUUACUGAAGCUGCUUGGCGUAAAUUUGUCAAGCUCAAAACUAGUCCUGAGUUUAAGGUUGUGAGUGAUAGCUAUAAGAAAAGGAAGAGCCUACAGAUUCCACACACUUGUAGUCGCAAAGGAAUGGUUAGACUAGCUGAAGACUUGAAAGAAGAGAGACGAGAGAAAUCAGAUCCUUCUGAUGUGACAAGAACUGAUGUGUGGGUGAGAUCGCGUACUAGAAUGGAUGGGACACCAGUGAAUACUGAUGCAGCUGAAAAAAUUAAAAAGGCAGCUGAACUUGUUAAUUCUGUUGAAACAAAUGAAGGACAAGAUACACUUGUCGAACUAUUAGGACCUGAUAAUCCCGGUCGAAUGAGGGCAAUGGGGAGAAAUAUGACUAAGACGAAAUUAGCUUGUUUCGAAGUUAAUCACAAGUGUAUGGUUAAAAUGGAAAAGAAACAAAUUCAUCUCCAGGACAAGGUUAAUGAGCUAGAAAUAAACUUGGUAAACUGCAGAACCAGGGACAAGAAACUGAAGUUGGUGAAAACUCUAGAUCUGCUGCAGGGAGUGUUAACAAAAAAGCACAACCAAAGUGUAUAUUGAUUGACUGGGCUGGUGAUGAUGCGAAUGUUGCUGAGGGACGUAUUAUAUCUACUGAUCCAGAGGAUGUUGUGAAUGGGACACGUUUAGGUCCUUUAGAUUAUAAAGUUUUGGUUGAGACUGCCACGGUACCAGAAGCAUUCCUUUGGAGAAAUGCUAUGGGAAUGUCAACAAUUGAAGAAUCUGUUGGGCAUAUGAUUGCAUGGCCUGCCACGAAGUGUGUUAGUCUAGAACAGGGGGUUCAGGAAGAAGACAUGG